GGCACUGAUCAAUUCCACAAGUUUAUUCGCGUAUAGACGCAGUUUUGAGACAGAGAAUUUCGUUCUCUCUGCACACACUGCCAAAUUUAUUUCCAUUUACCAAUCCAUCACAGCGAAAAUGGAUAAAUUACCUGCUAUGAACAUCAGCGCCGGGAACAGUUCCGUGGAUAGACGCUCAUUUCUGGAGAGAAGUGGAUAUCAGCACCUGGAUCACGGAGAUCUGAGGGUUUUGAUUCCAGUGGUGCUGGGAGUCAUCUGCGUCCUGGGUUUCACCGGGAAUGUAACGGCUAUGGGAGUCCUGAUCACUAACGCGCGUAAAAGUAAGCUGUCCUUGAUCAACGCACUCAUCCUCAACCUCAUGCUAGCUGAUGGUUUGGUCCUGGCAUUUGCUGUUCCCUUCAAAGCCACUGCUUAUUCCCGUGCCAGCUGGACAUUGGGUAUGUUUGUCUGUAAGACCUGCGACUGGUUCUUGCACUCAUGUAUGGCUGCAAAGAGCUUUACCGUGGCCAUCAUGGCCAAAGCUUGCUACAGGUACGUCUGUAACCCCACCAAGCAGGUAAGCCACCGUUUGAAGACUAUCCUGGUAGUCCUACUCUUUACUUGGCUCUUGGCGUGCGUGGUCCCCAUUCCCCAGUGGCUUUUUUCCACCCUGCAAAGAGAAGCAAGUGGAAUGAUUUGUGUCCAAGCAGUGCCAGUCGAUGCCCAUGAUUUCAUGUCUGUGUACGUCAAGGCGUACCCUCUCCUGGCCUACUGCACACCUUUGAGUUUCGCCCUACUUUAUUUUUGGAAAGCAUAUGGACGAUGCCAGCGCAGGUCCAGCAAGACCCAGAACCUACGGACGCAGAUCCGAUCCCGCAAACUCACCCUGAUGCUGUUCAGCCUGACGGUGGCCAUGGCCACCAUGUGGCUCCCACAAUGGGUGUCCUGGGUUUGGAUGCGGCACGCCCAAGAGACCGAUGGUGCCUUUCCUCCGGUCCUCUUCACUCUCUCCACCCAGCUCCUCAUGUUCUCCAUCUCUCUAGUCAACCCUCUCAUCGUUCUCGCCCUCUCCGAGGAGUUCAGGGAGGGCUACAUUGGCUUGUGGCGAAGGCUCACCCUCCGCAAACAACCACCGAAACAACACAAGCCAGGACCACACACCCCGACUGCCCCAAAGUCACCCACACCGAGACCCGAAAGGUCAGCCCACCUCCCUCCACACCGGCCUGGGAGAACAGAGGAGCAAAAGCCUGAGAAGCAACCGGACCAGAGUGGAGGACUGCAGGAGAGCCCGACCAACAAGGAUGGAAUAGUACUGCAAGAUGUAGAGCAGUUCUGGCAGGAGAGGGAGACUGGCUCCCAGUCACAUGAAAAUGAUCCUGUGCCCUGGGAACAUCAGGAUCCCAAGGAAGGAAAACAGUAAGAAAGUGAGAAUCCCUGUUCUUUUACAUUUUGUCAACACAAAAGAAUGGAAAACACACAACAGAUCAGACCUCACCUGAACUUGACUCUCUCAUUGUGACUCAUCAUAAAUGAGUUAUGGUUUUAAUUUAUUUGUUUUUGUGUUUGUGUUGAACUCUUCUGAACAAGAUGAAAGUGAUCAA